UUAUGGUCAGGUUCAAGGUCAGAAACAAAGUAAGGGGAUUGUGGGGAUGGAUUUUUCCGCCACCUCUCUCGUGGAGGUAGUGGGGGAAAUGUAACAUCCCGGGGAUUAUUUCUUUAAAGCAGGUUCUGUUCACCGCUGGGCUCCGCUGCUUUUUUUUCUGUCCCCGUCAACGGCGAAUACCGCAAGACCCGGGCUGUGCGCAGCCAGUCAGCUCCGCUCUCUACAAUGGAGUUCCCUGUUAACGGUACAAUGCAUUUCACCUACCAGAUAGGGGGAGUUCAAGCUGAAGGGGAUAUGCUGAUGCCUGGGGAUCGGCAUCAAUGCAAACGUUUACUUUUAGUAGACAGCGACUGAGAGAGGGGCAGGAGGGCGAGAAGAGGAGACAAGUCCGUGAAGCGGCGUCUUUUUUCUGUUCAAACUCGGGCUGCGCGGCGGGGAGCAGUUGUAGGGACAGGAUCGAGGAGUGGACAGUAUUUAACAGGUCCGAAGCCACUUUUCAGCACCCACGUCAUCCCGAGAAAGAGCACGAUCGGGUGAAAUCGCAUGGACAUGCCUCAUUAUUCAAUGAACACUAUCUCUCGCAACGCACCGUUUACGCGCAGGAGUUAGCCGGCGCUUCGCCAAAUUUAAAAGGCUCUGGUCGUCCCACCUUCUGUGGAGCUGUCGGCGCUCUUCCUGACAUCCGGCAUUCGUUGGAGAAGCGGCAGUCACGCAGGGCUCCCUGAUCAGUGUCGACCAGAAGCGGAGCUGAAGCUGUCGCUGGCUUAACGGGGCUAAGCACACUGUCACGCUGUCUAAGAAGCUACCCACCCACAGUCUGAGGUGACUCAGGGCUUCCACAAAAGAGGAGGUGGUUCCAGUAAGCAGUAGUCAGUCGGGAGUGACAGCGAGAGGCCAGUUGAUCCUGACAGACACGUUGGACUCCAUUAUGCAGUUGGGGUGUUAAGGAUGGAGGAUUCGAGUUUGUGUCUUGGUGUGUCGUCAGCAGUGGCCGAUGCUGAUGCCCAUCUGAGUAGUGCAGUCUUGAAUGGCCGCUACCCCAUAAGUCAAAAGCUUCACCAGCUUACUGCCCAGCUAGGACACGCCUUUCCUGACCUGCACCGCCCACAACAGAUACCUGAAGAGAAAGCAGCAACACCUUUGGACGAGAAGACCCACCACGCAGCCCUGGCUAGUCAACCCAUCAGCAGCCAGAUGGCCCUCCUCGCCAAUCAGCUCAACCGAGACAUUGACGCGGGGGCACUGAGUGGGCUGAAUGGGCGUGUUGACCUGCAGCAGUUUCUCAAUGGCCAGAACUUGGGCAUCAUGUCCCAGAUGAAUGAUAUUGAAGAUGAUGCCCGCAAGAAUAGGAAGUAUCCCUGUCCAUUGUGUGGCAAGCGCUUCCGUUUUAACAGCAUCUUGUCUUUGCACAUGCGCACACACACAGGAGAGAAACCCUUCAAGUGCCCCUACUGUGACCACCGAGCAGCUCAAAAGGGCAACUUGAAGAUCCACCUCCGCACCCAUAAGCUGGGGAAUCUUGGUAAGGGCCGCGGCCGUGUCAGAGAGGAAAAUAGGCUGCUUCAUGAGCUGGAGGAGAGGGCCAUUUUGAGGGAUAAGCAGAUGAGAGGCAGUGUCAGUAUCAUCCAGACGGCUCAAACACCCCAGCUCGGCCUCAAUAGCAGCUCAAACUCCCAUCAGCAGCAAUUAGGCUCAGCCUGUGGUCUCCUUCCCCCUUCUGGCCUUGCCACUCCAGAAACAAUUUCUCAGCCUUCCUCUUCACCCAAGCCAGCCGGCACCCAGGAUGAACAGUCCCUGAACCCAACCACAGGCUUCCGUUGUACCUUCUGCAAAGGGAAGUUUAAGAAGCGUGAGGAACUGGACCGUCAUAUUCGCAUACUUCACAAGCCCUACAAAUGUACUCUGUGUGAAUUUGCCGCCUCCCAUGAAGAGGAUCUGAUAAGUCAUGUGGAGAAGGCCCAUAUCACAGCCGAGACCACUGGGGGCCAGGGUGCUGGUGGCGCCGGUGGCACACAGGUGGCCAACGAAUUCCGUUGUGAGGUGUGUGGGCAAGUGUUCAGCCAGGCUUGGUUCCUAAAGGGUCACAUGCGCAAGCACAAGGACUCCUUUGAACACUGCUGCCAAAUCUGUGGCCGUCGCUUCAAGGAACCCUGGUUCCUCAAGAACCAUAUGAAGGUUCAUCUCAACAAGUUGGCCAUCAAGAACAAACCGCCCCAGCCCACUGAGCAGGACAUGAGUGUCGUCAAUAGCAUGAGCAAUCUGGCUCAGGAAGCUCAUGCCAACCUUUAUUCCCGCUACAUCUCCUGUCUUCAGGGGGGCUUCCUUUCACCAGACAAACAGGGACUGAGUGAGCAGCACCAGAUGUUGGCUAAAGCUGGUAUUGCCAUGAAGGAGAAAGAGAUGUUAGGGAAGCUGUUGGGGCCGAUGGCAGGGGGUAUGGGCCAUGUACUGGGCGAAAAUGAGAAACGAUCACUCCUUGGUUGUUUAAACCUUGUUCCACCACUCAAGUCGAGCUGCAUGGAGCGCCUCCAGGCCGCUGCAAAGGUGGCAGAGAUGGAUUCCCUCAGUAGCUAUCAAGCCUGGCAGAUUAUGGCUCGUGGCAUGGCUAUGGACAGGGCAUUCAUGCCUAAGGAGCAGCAGCAGCACCAUAUACCCCCAGGGCACGAAGAUGAGAUGGGAGGUGCUGGGGCAUUGGCUUCUUUCUCAAAAGAUAAACAAGACUACUCCUUGAUUCCUUCCAAUGAUAGCUCCAAGCAGAAGCAGCUCUCAGAAGCCUUGCAGGGAUCCAAGGCCUCUAGCGGAGCCCUGAUGUCCAUGAAGGAAGAUGGAAGAGGCUUUGACAGUCACCGUGACUUAAUGUCACACCAUAGUGCUGAGGCUCCUGGAGCCCUGGCUGGCUUGGGAAGCCCAAACAUUGACUACAGCCUCUCAGGCCUAAAGGAGAAGCCCUCAGAGUGCCCUGACUGUGGCCGGAUCUUCAGAACCUACCAUCAGAUGGUUGUUCACUCCCGUAUCCAUGGCAAAGACAGGAGAGGCAUUGAAGAAGUGCUCCAGCAACAAGGUCUGGACGAACGCCGGGGUUCAGCCAGUGACCCAGAGUCCCAGUCCAUCAGCCGCUCCACCACUCCUGGUUCAUCCAAUGUGACAGAAGAGAGCGGAGCUGGAGGAGGACACUCCCAGACAGGAAGCGUCCAGGAUGACAGCCCACAUCCAUCUUCACCAUCUUCAGAUGUUGGGGAGGACUUGGGGAAGGCAGCAGGGAGUAUUCAGCCGCCUCUGCCCCAGCAUCGCGAGCGGAGUCUGGCCUCAUCCUCCAAGGACUGCGCCUACUGUGGCAAGUCGUUCCGGACCUCCCAUCAUCUCAAGGUUCACCUGCGGAUACACACAGGAGAGAAACCUUACCGGUGCCCUCAUUGUGACUAUGCUGGCACCCAGUCUGCCAGCUUAAAGUACCACCUGGAGCGCCACCACCGUGAGCGUCAAAAUGGUUCCACCAUCUCAGGCCCAUCCUCUGGCCACACCCCUUCCUCCGACCACAAAGAGGACCAUGGAAAGACAGCGGGUGGCGGCAUCUUUGCCCGACCAGAUGUCCUCCGCAGUGUUUUCAAGGGAAUGCCUCCCAACCUCGACUUCAGGGCAGGUCCAUUACUGCCACAUCAGUGGGCGUCAGCUGGCAUGAUAUCUCCACAUGACAGAGAUCGUGAGCGUGGUGAUCGCCGUUUUGACUCUGCCUCCUCAACUGAGAAGAUGAAGACUGCUGAUGCCCCGUCCGCCCUUGUCUCAACAGCAACAGAUAGUCCUGCCAGCUUCUCUGACUUAAGCAGGGCUUACCAAAGUAUGAUGGGGAAUGGAGUCCACUUUCAAGGUUCUCUUCAGGCCUUCAUGGACAGCUUUGUCCUUGGCUCCAUGAAGAAGGAUAUGAAGGACAACCAGAGUCCAGUCCAGCUCCAGGCCCAGCUCUACCAUGAUAACGGCGAGCCCAAAGCCAAGCGAGCCAUGUCUGCUGAACAGGACAGAGAGGAUAAGGCUGACGCCAAACAGAACUCACGCCCAGGGAAACCUGGAUCCCAGUAUGAACCACUUGAUCUGUCUGUGUCAGUUCGGCCUGAGUCUGCAUCCGGAUCUCUGCCAGGCUCCUCAGUCACCAUCCAUGACAAUGUGGCAUGGCAUGGCUGCCUCUUCUGCUCCUUCUCCACCUCCUCAAUCGAGCUCAUGGCUCUGCACCUCCAGGCCAACCACAUGGGUAAGGCCCAACUGCAGCGGUCUGACACAGCCAAGGAGCUUCAUGGAGACACUUCUCCCACAACCUCCACUAUUCACUCUUCCAACACUAAGACCUCUGGUGUGGCCCUUGAAAAAGAUGGAAACAGAGAUGGAGAGAAAAACCAGGGAGGCUGGAACAACCACCUGGACCAGCCCUACAACCCCUUCCAGAGUGACUUCUACAGAAGGUUUGGUGGCUUGUAUGAUGGAUCACCAAGUGCAAACCAGGCCCUUCAAGGGUAUAUAGCCCCACCAGAGCAAUGUCUUGACCUGCCUAGCCAGGCUUUUGGAGCCUCCUCAGCCAGAGAUGACCAGAUUGGUGAGAGGAGCUCCCGUGGAGGUGCUGAAGAGGACCAGAUAGGAUCAGAUGAUGAGGUUGUGAAGGCUAGGUUGCACAGUGCCAGUGAGACCCCUUCAUCCACACCCAUGCGACAGCAGCAACAGAAUCACUCUGAGGAAGAGGAAGAAGAGGGAGGAGUGGCUGAAGAGGAGGAGGAAAGAGAUGAGGAUGGGCACAUGGACAUGGAGAGAGAGGAAGAAGGAAGUUCGGCCUCAAACCACCUCCGGAACCACCCCAAACAUUUCCAAGACGACUCCUCUUUGCCCCAAAGAAGUGGAGCUGGUUUGGCAGCCUCUUCAUCCACAAUGACGGCACUUUCUCUGGUUCCCCAACCACAAAACCAAGCUUUGCCACUGGAGAAGCAGUGGCAGCAAGGCUUGGGCCUCCUGUCUCCCGGAGGCCCUCCAGGACUGUUGAAGGCUGAGCAGCAGACCCACCUAGAGCAGCAGAUGAACAUGCUGUCUGUCCUCAGAGCCUACAGCAAUGACAACAUCCCCGCAUUCAAUGGCCUUGGUGGCGGAGCAGGAGGAGCAUCCACAGGGGGCAUGAAGAGGCCAGAUGCACCUGGCCAGAGAACAUUCAAGUGCAGUUACUGCCCCUACAGUGCCUCCCAGAAGGGCAACCUGAAGACCCACGUGCUGUGUGUGCACCGCAUGCCUUUCGACAACACCCAGUACCCCGACCGACGCUUCAAACGCUCCCGCACAGAGUCGGACAUCCCAGAUAAGAGCCCUGAUCAUGUCGUUGGUGGUGUUUCGUCUAAUCAGCCAAUGACAGAGGCAGACGGAAGACAUGGGAGUAACUUUGGGCCAUUUGCCGGAGAGGCCUCAUCUUGUGACCACGAGUGAAACCACCAGGGGCUGAGUUGGGUGAUGACAUCAGGAGGGAGGUUUGAGUCUGUGUUGGACAAUGCAUUUAUCUCAUGUUAGCAUCAUAGCCACACACUCCCCAAUGCACAUGACUGUUGGUCACUAUAAAACUAACUGUGUGGAAAACCUUGACCAUGACAAUACAAAGAGAUUAACUAAUGUCUGUGGGACAGCAGUGAGUUACACUUUCUACAUUGUAAACACAUACAAAAUCUACACAGGUUAUUAUAUGUCGGUGAACAGAACAGGCUGUUUUCUCCUGCCUCUUGAGCCCUCCUCUGAUUGGCUGACUGCACUUUGAGAGACACACGACCAGGCCUAUCACCGGUCUCAUUGACUCUCUCUGGCUGUAAACACAGCUUAAAGUCCCGUUGUUAUGUUUGCAGCUAUAGAAGGUGGUGGGUUCAGAGGCUGGACUGGUGCCGGCUGGGUGGGGCUGAGAGACGAGUGCAAACCCAUAUGACCCAUACGGGGGAGGAAGUACGAAACGAGACGUUUCAAUAACAUAUUUCUUAGAAUGGACUGAGUGAAAAAGUCUGCGUAGUGACUGUUUUCAUACUUUGAGGGUCUCUACUGACCCUCUUCAAGUAAUUACGUAUAGUAAAAGCCCAGAAAAUGUAUUUUACACAAUAUGGGCCCUUUAACGGAAUCUUUUCAGACAAAUCAUAGAGGAAGGACGCCAUGAAGCAAGUGUGAAGUCUCAUUGGAGACUUUUCUCUGAAAAUAAUGUUAGUAUCAGAAAAAUGAUCCAUGUGAACGAUUUAGCAGAACAGUGACAGUAUGGAUGAUGGCCAGCCUAGAACAUAACACCAGCGGCUGCCAUUUCCCCAGUGCGAGUGAUGAGCACUUUAUGAGUGUUUGUGUUGCAGGGUCAGUGUGUGUGUGUGUGUGUGUGUGUGUGUGUGUGUGUGUGUGUGUGUGUGUGUGUGUGUGUGUGUGUGAGGGGAGGCAAUGGUGCCAGCCUGACUGGGGCUGCCAUCGCAGAGGAAAUCAAUUCAACAACACACACAAACACACACACACACAGUGGUAACCCAACACUGGACGGUACGCCAGGAGGUCAAGUUGAGUCCUACCAGCUGGCCGGAGCCCCUUCGAGUCACUUCCCUCCUCUUCUCCAUCCUUCCUUUCACUCUCACUCUUUCUAAUAUGAGCCCCUAGUAGAAUGGCCUGGGAAGUACAACACAAAUCAAUCAGCGGCAUAUUUCAAGCGUCCAUUAGCCAACGUUAAGGCUCGUUCUGCUCUGGUUUUGGCAAUGUCAAUGUCUGGACGUCACCUUACAGGCUCCACAUGGGAGAAGGACGGGGAGUUUGAGCUGAUUGUGCUUUAGCUUGAGCCCCUUCAUGAUGACAGAUGAGCGUUUUGCACAUCAAAGGAGCUGGACUGUGCUGCGGGGGAUUUUUCUACAUGUGCUUUAGAAGGAAAGAGCGGAUAUAAGCAGCUGCAUCUGCACAGUAGAUAGGUGUGUGGCGUCUUAGCUAACAGAUCUCACAUGAAGAGUUUGACAGAGACAUUGUGGCAUCAAGGCAGAAAAAAAAACAGGAUUCAUCUCCGGCUCUUGAAAAGCUGCAACACAUGUUUGGACAUGAUGUAAAAUUUGAUAAUCAUUCACUUUACCCUGAUUUAUGUCUCUCUUAUACUACCUAUCUUUAUUACAAAAGUUGUGUGUUUAUUUUCAAAGGAAGCAUUCUUUUUUGAGUGUGUAUAGAAGUGUUUUACUUUAAUCAUAAGGGUUUUCUUCCUGAGGGCGGAAAAGUAACAUAAAACAUUGCAAAAAAAGAAUGUUUGAUCUCGUAAAAUCACACGUGACUGUUUUAAGGGCAGAAAAGUAUCAAUGUUGAUUGUACAACUGUUAGCUACUGGGCAGGGAGAAUGAGAAAGUGUAGGGCUCUGUGUUGUGUUGGUGGCAGUGGGUCGGGGGGGCUGGGUGUUGUUAAUGUUUUUCUGAUAAAGAGAAAUGAUCCGUACUUUAAGAAAGUCAAUAUCUUCCCACACAAACACACACAUGCAGCAGAGGGGAGGGCUAAACGCUUAAAGCCCAUUGGGGCCUUAGUGGCACAGUUCUGCCAGAGGGAGUGCAACACAAUGUACACUCACACACAAACACACACAUCAACAACAACAACAGGGUCAGAAAUACAAUCCUCCUGCAUUCAAGGAGGGGAAAGUGGGAAAGAAAGUGAGCAGAAGUGUAGGUUGGAAAAGGGGGAGAGAAGAAGAAAAAGAGACAAGUAUGUGCACAAGGUUGAUAGAAUGUGUUCAGUAUUUUGUCGGACUGCUGUAAUUAUGGUUUUAAUUGUGUCACUACAACUUAAACAGUUUUGACCUGACAGAAACCAACAGUAUUUGCAGUCAUUUUGUUUUUUUGUUUUUUAGUAGCUAACAGGAGAAUAGUUCUCACUGCCUUAACUGAGUGUGUAGGGUCUUUUCCCAAAUCACCCUGAGAAAUCCAGAUAACCUGAUGUAGUAUAAGCUAUCGAUUUCAAUGCACUACUUUAUUAUUGUUGGCUGUGGCUUGCUUUUUCUGGACAUAUGUACGUGUGUGUGUGUGUAUGUGUAGUGAACAUUUACGUAUAUUAGCAAAAAACUAAACCUGGGGAAGAAAAGUUUUCAGAAAAAAUACACAUUCCAUUUUGUUUGGCACCAGUAUCCUGGCUUUUCCAGCUUAGUAAAGCAUGUGAAUCUGUAUGUUUUCAUCAUCUCCUUCAGAUGAGGCAAUACAUAUAUUUUAGUUUCAACACUGGAGAACGCCAUUUGUUGUCUUUCCUCUGCGACUUGUACUCUUUGUCCAUCCCUCAGAACGUAUUGCCAUUUCCCCCCCUGCUGUAAUCCCAAAAUAAUCCAUUCCAUUGUCCCCAUUCUGUUUGAUCCCCGUCAAGCUUCCUAUUGAAGUAGGACAUUCCGUUUUCUCAAUUAUAAUCACUGGUGCUCAAAAAAAGGGAAAACAGUAACCAUGCCCAUUGACUGUAGCCUGCAGUGGAUUCUGUAGUAUGCAACGUGUGUCCAAAUAUUGUCCACAUUCCUAAAUGAAGAAGAUGUCUAUAGCCUAUGGAAGGAAAAGUUAGGA